AGGCACCUAACUGAAAUAAGAGCUGAAGGACUGAAUUUGUCCAUUAUUGGAAUACUGAUUUGGCACAAGACAAUCCCUGUUUUCAUAGGGGGAGCUUCCUGUAACUUAGCUGUUUUCUACUACAAAACCAAUAUCCGUGAUGUAAACUGCAUUCAUAUGUAUUGCCCGGUGCUGGAAAGCUGCAUAGUAAAACCUACAAGCAGUGUGAUCCUCUACAAUAUUACACCAGGCGUUGAUCCUGACCUUCUUGUUUUUGAGAAGCUCUCGUUCAAAGAUAUAAACACCAGGUCUUCUUUUAAUAAAUGGGAGAGGCAUGGCGGGGCACGGGUCGCUGACCUAGUAACAGACCAGGGUGAACUCUCUUCCCCAAGAUUCCUUUUCCUGGAGGCCUCCUCUUCCACAACAGCCCCAAAGCCAGACAUGGACAGGACGAGCAGGAGCUCAGCAGUAGAUGCUGCCCUCAAGAACUCACCCGUCACGUUGAUGGCGGCGGCUUCAGCGAUAGACCAUUCAGUGAAAGCAGCUGAGAUUCUUCCAAGGAGGAACACCUCUACUACCACUUCAGAUAAGGUCAAGACAUCUCCUGUCUCUGUGCCUGCACUUAUCUGGACGGCGCCGCUAUCACCCAGUGAGGUCCUUCCCAAUAACAGCAAACCCUUGAAUGAAACCAAAGUCUACAGCGGAAGGAACAACAGUUCUGAUGAUGAAGGCCAGUGGCCCACACAGGAGACGGCGGGAAGAGGGGCCUGGUUCCCUCUGAUUGUACUUUGUUCUUCGUUGGCUUUCAUGUGCUGCUGCUGCUGCUGCUGCUGCGGUAUAUUUUUGGCAACAGGAUGGAAAAGGAGAGGUCGUUAUAAACCAAGGCAGAAAGGAAGAUCAGCACCCAACCAAGUCAUAAAAUACACUGCCAUUAAAAGUAGUUUUUAAUGGUCAGAUUCCAAAUUCAUCAGGAAGGGAAGGGAAGGUAGAGGAAGGGAAGGGUGCAGAGGCAAGCAAUAAAGAUGAUACGGGA